GCAUGAUCGACGCUGCCGCUGGAGUGUUGCUGAUCAAAUAUUAGCUGUCUUCAUUCAGGAAAGGUACGCUUCUGGCUGUGUUUGACAAACAUGCGGGGUUCAGGGUUUCUUUUCAAGGUACUGUGGUUGGUUUUGUGCCAGACUCCCGCGAGUAGUUGGGGUCAGGCAAACUUAACCAGCAUGCUGGCCCCGCAGGCAGAUCGUGUCAUGGAUCUCGGAGAAUGGGAGGAACGCUGGCAGGAGGAAAGAAUUGGUUUCCAUCAGCUUCAUGUACACAAGAUGCUUGAGAACAACAUUGAUAAAGUUCUUGCUGGACGUGCAGGAGUUCGUUUCUUUUUCCCUCUCUGUGGAAAAGCUGUAGACAUGAAGUGGCUAGCAGACAUGGGCCAUUCAGUGGUUGGGGUGGAGAUAAGCGAGAAGGCUAUCAAACAGUUCUUUGAGGAGAACAACAUGACCUACAGCGAGGAGCCUGUCCCUGCACUACCUGGAGCAAAGGUUUACAAGAGCUCGGAGAGAAAUAUCUCCCUAUAUCAAUGUGACCUGUUCAACUUCUCCAGUGCCAUUGAGGAUCAGUUUGGGGCAAUUUGGGACAGAGGAUCUCUUGUGGCCAUUAACCCAAGAGACAGAGAAAAGUAUGCUGCUCUCAUCACUUCUCUGAUGGCUAAAGACUGCAAAUACCUUUUGGACACGUUGUUGUACAAUCCUGACUUAUACAAAG